AUGAUGAAUCAAGCUCGCAUUUUGCUCUCUAGGAGCCUUUGCGACCAAACCAAAUCAAUUCUCCAAGGAAAUCUCAAAGCUCCGGCGUUGCGUGGUUUUGCAACAAUGGUAGAUUCUUCUAAAGAUGUGGCAAAGCCUAGUGGUAGAGUGUUCGCACCUUAUGCUAUCUUCAAAGGGAGAGCUGCUCUCUCUGUUGAACCUGUUCUUCCUACUUUCACCAAAGUUGAGCAUGGAAAUCUCCGGAUAGAUCGCCGUGGAUCAGUGAUGAUGACAUUUAUGCCUGCUUCUGGUGAGCGCAAGUAUGAUUGGCAAAAGAGACAGUUGUUUGCUUUGUCACCUACUGAAGUUGGAUCCUUGAUCAGCAUGGGUUCCCAUGACAGCUCUGAGUUCUUCCAUGACCCUUCCAUGAAAUCAAGUAAUGCUGGUCAAGUCAGGAAGUCAUUGUCGAUUAAGCCACUCGCUGAAGGGAACGGUUACUUCAUCACAUUGACCGUUGUCAAUACCAUCCUCAAUACCAAUGACCGUUUUGUGGUUCCUGUCACAACUGCUGAGUUUACAGUACUGAAGACAGCUUUUAGUUUUGCUCUUCCACACAUCAUGGGAUGGGAUAAGUUAACAGGUCAAGCUGGUACUGCAGCAGAGGGGAUUAAGACCGAUCCAGCGCAGUUAAGCUUGGAGUGGGUUUAA